CACAGCACACCUUCGUUUACUUGUAUACAUUGGUGGUACAAUUAAUAUUGUGAGGUGAUAUCUGUGGUGUGGAUAUUUGGUCUGUGAAGUCAUAGAGCUCCUUAGAUGAUGGUAUGACCAAGACUGAAAUGAUUUUGAUUACAAAUUCAGCCUGAUGACACCAGCGUGACCAACCAGAACUUGUUAUUUGGAGACAGUGCAUAAAUAAAUGGGACACUACUUGUGACAAUCUGGCAUCACACGUAGUGAUUUGUGGAAUAGUGGGCUCUGUCUCUAAUUCUUCACUUUGGAUUGGCUGAAAAUUCCUAAAAGCCAUUAUCUGCCACUCUUUGAAAUUGGAUUAAGUGGAAGUUGGAACGAUGGAGGAAUGUAGAGGUGGUCGCUUGGGACUCAUUUUGUGUACAAUAGUUUUCGCCUCUAUUCCGUUUGCAGCAGUUGCUGUAUUUACUGGACCUCAAGACACCUCUGUCUUGCGUGGAGCCUCUGCGACACUGUACUGCAGAAACCCUGACCACACGGGGACGGGUAUCACCCAGUGGAGUGAAGGAGGAGAUGUUUUCGCCAAUGAGGGAGGUGUCUUUGGGUCUAACACUAAAUAUGACAACUUUGAUGUCAUCACAUCAUCAUCAACGCCAACAACCCAGCUGGAUCUGCGAAUAAACAGUGCUGAAAUCUCAGACGAAGGAACAUAUGAAUGUCAAAUAACGCCAGACAGAAAAACUGCAACCCUGACAGUUGAAAUUGAAGGAAGUCUGGAUGACAUUUCAGUUGACGGUGAUUCAUCAGGAAAUCCCAUCAUCCUGAGAGCAUCAGAGCCAAGCGUGCUGAGAUGCACAGCCAGGGGCUUCAGACCAGCAGUCACUUUGGAGUGGUACAAGAACAGUGUUCAGGUAACAACAGGCGUCAAUCCAGAGGCACCUACUCCUAACGGAGACGCAUUUGAUACAUCGGGCACACUGACAUUUACGCCAACAAGGCAAGACAAUGAAGCCAAUCUAGAAUGCCGAACAACGGGACAGGUGGUCGCCCCAGCAAAAACAGCAUCGCUCACUCUCAAUGUACAAUAUGUACCAGUGGUCUCAGUUGGGUAUGCUAAUGAAGUGAUAACUUGCUCAUCGGAUGCCAACCCACUGGCUACCAAUCAUAAGAUCAUCCUGAACGGUACUCAGGUUGUGAAAGAAUUCACGACCAGCCAAGGAUCUCAACCAUUCACUCCUGUAGAUGGCUGUACUGUCAUCAGUUGCAAUGCUACAAACACAGUAGGGACAGGAACAGCGACUUUUACUGAUGAAGUAUGCCUAGGCUACGUUGAGCCCACGACAACACCAGCAACCAAAUCGACGCCUCCAACCAAGUCACCAUCGGCCGGGCAAGACCUUGGCACUGGAGCUAUCAUUGGCAUCGCAGUUGGCGUCCUGGUUGUGGUUUGUUUUGUCAUCAUCGGGAUUAUCAUCUGCUUCAAGAAAAAGAUAUUCUGUUUUGAUAAUAACAAGACCUCAAAUAGUAGCACCUCGCCCAAGAAGCAGCCCUCGGCGAAAAACGCCGACAUGAUCCGCAACCAGCCCGAGGUGCGGCAGAGCGUUCACAACUACGAUGACGAGCCCAAAAAGCCCCGGGUCCCUCGGAGCAACUCGGGCAAGCCUGCCGCUGCUGCCGCGGCUGUGCCGCCCGAGAAGGAGGCCCUUAGGCAAAAUCCGCCCCCCCACUCUAAGGACCGGGACCACCAGAAUUAUCCCAUGGACUCACGUGAUGGCGGUCCCGAGCACGGUGGCCAGGCCGGUAUAAACUACGCUGACUUGGAAUUUCAGAACAGGCAGGGAGCGACAAACGGGCACGGCAGGGUCCACCCACGGGAGGACGAGCCUACGCAGUACGCGUCCAUCCUUGUCUAACACUGCUCUCUGCACUUUAGCGGAGAGUCCCACGUUUUCUUUGAAUUUGGGAGGGACCACGUGGAAGCUGGAGACUCAAUAAAGGGGAGAUUCAGAAGGAGUGUUCAUGUCCAAGAUAAUUUUUUUGCUCGUGGAUAUGAAAAGUGAAUCCUCAUUUUUUAAGUGUAAUGUAGUGAUCAGAGUGUAUAAUUUCAGUUGGGUCGAUCCAUUUUGCGAAUUAAGGGGGGAAUCAGACAUGAGGAGGUGGCGUGAUGAUGCUGCCAAUGAUCAGUGUCACAAUUUAUUAUAUAGGGAAGGUAGCACCCCUCCGUUACAGUGGACUUGUCCUUUUGUUCUUUCCAAUAGCCAAGGGCCACAGGAACAGAAUGAUCAAGUUGAAAUAUAAACAGUAGGCCUACACGUACCAGUAGUUGAUUAAAUGAUAUAAAUGUUGGGUAUAUCCCUUGGAUGCCAAACUCAAGCACCUCGGCACUUCUGGAGGAGUGUUGAAUUUGGUGGUUUUGGUCACAUUUGCACCAUGCGAAUUUUCAGAUACAGUAUUGAUUUUUUUGUUCGUGACCGAAAAUUCACAAGCACUCCAGGGAUUUUUUGAAGUCAGGGAUUAAAUAUACAUGUAUACUGAAAUGAGCCAGGCAUAGCUGUCAGUAAUUCACAGGAUCCAAUUGGCCAAUAUCCUGAUGACAUCACACUCUGUUUGGAUGUGCCCCUUCCUAUGGAGCCAGCGGAGGCCCACCAUCCACCACGCACCGUAGGUAAGCAAAUGAGCAUAAAAUUGAGUGUGGCGCCAUCACUGCAGAAGUCUGUUCAAUGCUCUGUCGCCAGACUAGGUACAGACUUGUGGGAGGGGCCAACUGCAAAAAGAGGGUGUACAGCAGUGUACAGCACUCUCAAUGGCAACGGUUAUUCUUUUGGGAAAAAGGAACCUCCUGGAUUGUGUAACCCAGCCAUUUGGAA